CAUCCACUCAGAAGUCUUCCCUGACCAUUCUCCACUGUCAUCAACACCAAAUAUUUACUGAGUGUCUGUUACAUGCCAGUCCCUGUUCUAGGUACUUGGGAUUCACCAGUAUACAAUGGAGACAAAAAUCGCUGCCCUGGAGCAGCUUACAUUCUAGCACGGGAAACAGGCUACAAACAGUCUGGCUGCUGUGUUGAGAAGAGAACGUGGUGGACAUAUAUAGAAACAUGGAAACCUGAUAGGGCUAAUGCAAUAACUCAGAGAAGAGGUGAUGGCAGCUUAGACCUGUUGGUAGCAAUAGAGUCGUUACCAGAAAAUUUAAAGUUACACAAAUGGCUAGCAUUCUAUUGCCGAAAGAAAAUAGCGGUGAAGAGCUUAGAGUUGGGUUAGCAAGGCACGCCCCCAAUGGUUAGCUAAAGAUGUAUGGCAUCAACGAGAAAUGUUGUGGGGGCUCAGGAGAGGGGAAGGUGGGGUCAUCCACGGUCUGAGAAAGUCUUCAAUUGAAGGCGAGACAGACGAGACUAUUAGCGAGUGUCGAGAGAACCAACGUCUCGCUGGCUGCGCUGGGAAUGCCCCACGACCUUGGCCUCGUUUUCGCUCCGCGCCCCGCCCUUGAACGCGCGGCGCCUUUUGACCCCGCCGCCGCGCCGUAGACCGCGCGCACGCCGGUGGCUGC